CGCGCAUUUGUAACGAAUUUCCGUUCGAGUUUGUAUUUUAGGCGCCAUUUUCGAGUGAAGGACCCGGAGCCGAAACACCGGUAGAAGACGGGGUGCUAUACGACCGUUUCCAACUUUGGCCUGAGUGGACUGUCCGACAGCAACCAUGCCCCGUAAAGGCACCCAGCCCUCCACCGCCCGGCGCAGAGAGGAAGAGCCGCCGCAGUCCCCGGACGGCAUCAGCGGCGAAGCGGAGCCCGAGCCGCCGCCGGGCACUACCAGGAGCCCGGCACCUGCCUCCGCAGAGACUUUAAGUGAGGAAACUGAUAAUAGAAGUUUAGAAGAGAUUUUGAAUAGCAUCCCGCCUCCCCCACCUCCAGCAAUGACCAAUGAAGCUGGAGCUCCUCGGCUUAUGAUAACUCAUAUUGUAAACCAGAACUUCAAAUCCUACGCUGGGGAAAAAAUUCUGGGACCUUUUCAUAAGCGCUUUUCCUGUAUUAUUGGGCCAAAUGGCAGUGGCAAAUCCAAUGUUAUUGAUUCUAUGCUUUUUGUGUUUGGCUAUCGAGCACAAAAAAUAAGAUCUAAAAAACUCUCCGUACUAAUACACAAUUCUGAUGAACACAAGGAUAUUCAGAGUUGUACUGUAGAAGUUCAUUUUCAAAAGAUAAUUGAUAAGGAAGGGGAUGAUUAUGAAGUCAUUCCUAACAGUAACUUCUAUGUGUCUAGAACUGCCUACAGAGAUAAUACUUCUAUCUAUCACAUAAGCGGGAAGAAAAAGACAUUUAAGGAUGUUGGAAAUCUCCUUCGAAGCCAUGGAAUUGACUUGGACCAUAAUAGAUUUUUAAUCUUGCAGGGUGAAGUUGAACAAAUUGCUUUGAUGAAACCAAAAGGCCAGACUGAACAUGAUGAGGGUAUGCUUGAAUAUUUAGAAGAUAUAAUUGGUUGUGGACGGCUAAAUGAACCUAUUAAAGUCUUGUGUCGAAGAGUUGAAAUAUUAAAUGAACACAGAGGAGAGAAGUUAAACAGAGUUAAGAUGGUGGAAAAAGAAAAGGAUGCCUUAGAGGGAGAGAAAAACAUAGCCAUUGAAUUUCUUACCGUGGAAAAUGAAAUAUUUAAAAAAAAGAAUCAUGUUUGUCAAUAUUACAUUUAUGAUCUGCAGAAACGAAUUGCUGAAAUGGAAAGUCGAAAGGAAAAGAUUCAUCAAGAUACCAAAGAAAUUAAUGAGAAGAGCAAUAUACUGUCAAAUGAAAUGGAAGCUAAGAAUAAAGCUGUAAAAGAUGCAGAGAAGAAACUGAAUAAAAUUACAAAAUUUAUUGAGGAAAACAACGAAAAAUUUACACAGCUAGAUUUGGAAGAUGUUCAAGUUAGGGAAAAAUUAAAACAUGCUAUAAGUAAAGCCAAAAAACUGGAGAAACAACUUCAAAAAGAUAAAGAAAAGGUUGAAGAAUUUAAAGGUAUACCGGCCAAGAGUGAGAAUAUCAUAACUGAGACAACAACUAGAAACAGUGCCCUUGAAAAGGAAAAAGAGAAAGAAGAGCAGAAAUUAAAGGAAGUUAUGGAUAGCCUUAAACAGGAAACACAAGGUCUUCAGAAAGAAAAAGAAAGUCGAGAGAAAGAACUUAUGGAUUUCAGCAAAUUGGUAAAUGAAGCACGUUCUAAGAUGGAUGUAGCCCAAUCAGAACUUGAUAUCUAUCUCAGUCGUCAUAAUACUGCAAUGUCUCAAUUAAGUAAGGCCAAGGAAGCUCUAAUUGCAGCUUCUGGGACUCUUAGAAAAAGGAAAACUGCUAUCGAAGAUAUAGAGGCAAAACUCCCUCAAACUGAACACAAGUUAAAGGAGAAGGAAAAAGAACUUCAAAAACUUACACAGGAAGAAAUUAAUUUCAAAAGUUUGGUUCGUGAUCUUUUCCAAAAAGUUGAAGAAGCAAAGAGUUCCUUAGCAAUGAGUCGAAGUAGGGGGAAAGUCCUUGAUGCAAUAAUUCAAGAAAAAAAAUCUGGCAGGAUUCCAGGAAUAUAUGGAAGAUUGGGGGACUUAGGAGCAAUUGACGAAAAAUAUGAUGUUGCUAUUUCAUCCUGUUGCCAUGCAUUAGACUACAUUGUUGUUGAUUCUAUUGAUACAGCUCAAGAAUGUGUAAACUUCCUUAAAAGACAAAAUAUUGGAGUUGCAACCUUCAUAGGUUUGGAUAAGAUGGCCGUAUGGGCAAAGAAAAUGACCAAAAUUCAAACUCCUGAAAAUACUCCUCGCUUAUUUGAUGUAGUAAAAGUGAAAGACGAGAAAAUUCGCCAAGCUUUUUACUUUGCUUUACGUGACACUUUGGUAGCUGACAACUUGGAUCAAGCCACAAGGGUAGCAUAUCAAAAAGAUAGAAGGUGGCGAGUGGUAACAUUACAGGGGCAAAUCAUAGAACAGUCAGGUACAAUGACUGGUGGUGGAAGCAAAGUAAUGAAAGGAAGGAUGGGUUCAUCAGUUGUUCUUGAAAUCUCUGAAGAAGAGGUAAAUAAAAUGGAAUUACAGCUGGAGAGAGACUCUCAAAAAGCAGUGCAAAUCCAGGAACAGAAAGUACAACUGGAAGAAGCAGUAGUUAAGUUAAGGCAUAGUGAACGAGAAAUGAGGAGUACACUAGAAAAGUUUACUGCAAGCAUCCAGCGUUUGUCAGAGCAAGAAGAAUAUUUGAAUGUCCAAGUUAAGGAACUUGAAGCUAAUGUACUUGCUACAGCUCCUGAUAAGAAAAAGCAGAAAUUGCUAGAAGAAAAUGUUAGUGCUUUCAAAACAGAAUAUGACAGUGUGGCUGAGAAAGCUGGCAAAGUAGAAGCUGAGGUUAAAAGGUUACACAAUAGCAUUGUAGAAAUCAAUAACCAUAAACUCAAGGCCCAGCAAGAUAAACUUGAUAAAAUAAAUAAGCAAUUGGAUGAAUGUGCUUCUGCUAUUACUAAAGCCCAAGUAGCAAUCAAGACUGCUGACAGAAAUCUUAAAAAAGCACAAGACUCCGUCUUUUGUACAGAAAAAGAAAUAAAAGAUACUGAGAAAGAAGUAGAUGACUUAACAGCAGAACUAAAAAGACUUGAGGACAAAGCAACAGAGGUCAUAAAGAAUACAAAUGCUGCAAAGGAGACCUUACCAGAGAUCCAGAAAGAACAUCGCGCUCUACUUCAAGAACUAAAAGUAAUUCAAGAAAAUGAACAUGCCCUUCAAAAAGAUGCACUUAGUAUUAAGUUGCAACUUGAACAAAUAAAUGGUCACAUUGCUGAACAUAAUUCUAAAAUAAAAUAUUGGCAAAAAGAGAUUUCAAAAAUAUCAUUGCAUCCCAUUGAAGAUAAUCCUCUUGAAGAGAUUUCUGUUCUAAGCCCAGAGGACCUUGAAGCAAUUAAGAAUCCAGAUUCUAUAACAAAUCAAAUUGCCCUUUUGGAAGCCCGGUGUCAUGAAAUGAAACCAAACCUUGGUGCCAUUGCAGAAUAUAAAAAGAAGGAAGAAUUAUAUUUACAACGGGUAGCAGAAUUGGACAAAAUUACUUGUGAAAGAGAUCAUUUUAGACAAGCAUAUGAAGAUCUUCGGAAACAAAGGCUUAAUGAAUUCUUGGCUGGUUUCUAUAUAAUAACCAAUAAAUUAAAGGAAAAUUACCAAAUGCUUACUUUGGGAGGUGAUGCUGAACUGGAACUUGUAGACAGCUUGGAUCCUUUCUCUGAAGGAAUCAUGUUCAGUGUUCGACCACCUAAGAAAAGUUGGAAGAAGAUCUUCAACCUUUCAGGAGGAGAGAAAACACUUAGUUCACUGGCUUUAGUAUUUGCUCUUCACCACUACAAACCCACUCCCCUGUAUUUCAUGGAUGAGAUUGAUGCAGCCCUUGAUUUUAAAAAUGUGUCCAUUGUUGCAUUUUAUAUAUAUGAACAAACAAAAAAUGCCCAGUUCAUAAUAAUUUCUCUUCGAAAUAAUAUGUUUGAGAUUUCAGAUAGACUUAUUGGAAUUUACAAGACAUACAAUAUAACAAAAAGUGUUGCAGUAAACCCAAAAGAAAUUGCAUCUAAAGGACUUUGUUAAACUUGUUUAUGCUGAAGAUUUCCUCGAAUUGAGCUAGCAUAUAGAUUCAGCAUACUGCUGAUUUUCUAUUUGUAGAGGAUUAUAAAUUGUAUAAAAUACAUAUUCCUAAACUGAACCUUAUUUAACUGGUUUCUUUUAUACUGUUAAGAGACAUGUUACAAGUUUAAUAAGAUAUUCUCUGUACCUGCUUCAAGGAAGUUAUAAGAAUCUGACAAUUUUGUAAGUGGCAGAUUAUGGAGAAAAUAAGAUGCCUGGAAGGUCAGGUGACUUGCCCUUAGUCUCAAAUUGCUACUUUCAAACUCAAAAGUUAGUUAAUUGAUGAACAAUAAAGUUCUAAACUAAACUAGAUCAUCUUACCAAGAUACAAUGUACCCUCAUGGACCUUUGGCCUACCCUGGAAAAACCUGCCAAGUACUAUUAUUUCCUAAUUUCCUAAUGUAGACAAUCACUGUAUUACUCAAAUACUGGGAACUUUUUUUUUUAAGUAAUCUUUCUGAAUUUAGGAUGAGAAUUUAAGUAUCUUAUAUAUGCAUGCUUUUCUAAAACUUGAUGUGUUUUACUAUUUAAAACACUUCCAAGAGAGCCAGCAAGCUGAGACAUUGUCAGAACAUAACUACAAUUAUCUCAUUAAUAGAAAAGGAAAAAUACCCGCUACAGUUGUUAUAAAGAGUGAAUUACAUAGGGGUUAAUUCAGUAUAAAUGUUAUUUGCCUAUCAAAUUGUCAGUUUUUGUUGUUUUGAAAGUAUCAGCUCAUGAAUGUUAUGCUGUUACUGGAAAUACAUUGGUUUUCAGAAGGAAUUUUGGUAUUGAAUCAAAAAGCCUUACCCUAGCUAUUUAAUUCUAGAUAUUGAUCCUGAGGAAUUAAGAGUUAAUUAACUUGCUAUUAAAGUGGACCAUUGUUUAGGUACUAAAAAUCCAGUGAAGAUGGUUUGUAUAAUAACAUGGCCAUUAAAAAUGUGAAUAUAUCAGCGUGGACCUAAAUAAACAAGAUAUGAAACUCAA